UUGAUCCUAAUCCAUUACCAUAUACUAUUUCAUCUUGGUGCUUCCAGAACAUGCUAUAACCCCUCAUUUAAUUCUCUCUCCGCCACGCCGCCUCUAGUUUUCUCAAGACCUUUCCUUAUAUCAGUCAACUACUCAACCCCCCAUCUUCAACCAUACUCUGUUGAGUCUUUUGAUGCCCCAAAAAUUCUCAAAUCCAAAGACCCUUUUCUCAUAUUUGAUUCAAUUCAAAGGAUCCACCUCUGUUUCUUCAAAAAAUGUUGCAGUUGUUCUUCACUGUGGCUUUCUCUGCAGUUCCUUUGACCCUUUAUGUUCCGCCCGUGAGAAGCUUGAACCUCUUUGUGGAAACCAUGGAAUAUUUUGCUAGAGAAUCAAGAACUUACACACACAGAGUUUACCCUCGCCUCAGGGUAGCUUGGUCUAGGAUCUGCAAUCUUCUGCUAUGCAACAACAACACGAGGUAGAUAAGAUUUCAAUAAUGGAUUUGUACCACAUCUUAUUGUAAAUAUUUACCCUGUUUUUCCUCUGUAUUUGGACCAUAGCUGUUGAUUACUUUUCACUCUCUGAUUUAAUUGAUCCGGUUAUUGUGAUUAGAGAGUUUGUUUUAUGAGAAGUGUUGAUCUUGUUACGGAUUAUGCAGUAGAAUUGUUGUAACUUUGUGAGAUUAUUUGGACUUUUUGAGGUGAUUUGGUUGGGUGGUUAAUCCCUUUUCAAGUGCCCUAUGUAACCUAUGAAAGAAUAAGAGAAUUUUCUGUGCUUCAUCGGAUUGUUAAAACAAUGAUUAUGUUUUUGUUUUUA